CGCUCGACUUUUUCUCUUCGGGGAGGAGCUGGACCUUGGCCAGUUGGCCCUGGACGCUUCCUCGUUCUCUGUUGGCAUUCGGGGGGCUCUCCUCCGUCUUUUCGGGCCCUAGCCUAGGGUUUUUGCCACAUAUCCGAGUGCUAUCUUGUUGGUUUUUCAGAUCCCUGGGGAUACUGGGAGAAACCUUGAGGAGAUCCGAGGAAGGGCAGAGAUCGAUAGGAUUUUGGAAAAUUUUCCCCUUUUUUUUUAUGAAAAAUUGUUCCUGCUGCUGUUGCGGUUGAAAGGAUGGCGGAGAAUUCAUCGCGGUAUGUGAAACUAACGAAGCAUCAGGAGGCGCCGGUAGAGGAGAUUCGCCCUGGAGAGCUGAAUCAGCCCGUUCGUAUUCCCCAGUUGGAGGUUCGCAGAUGUAAUGAGUGCGGGCAGCCCUUGCCAGAAAGCUAUGAGCCACCGGCAGAUGAACCCUGGACAACUGGAAUUUUUGGCUGCGCUGAGGAUCCUGAGAGCUGUUGGACUGGACUGUUCUGCCCCUGUGUAUUGUUUGGGCGUAAUGUUGAGAGACUCAGAGAAGAUGUACCCUGGACAAGACCUUGCACUUGCCAUGCUAUCUUUGUCGAGGGUGGUCUUGCGCUUGCAGUGGCUACAGCUGUGUUCCAUGGCAUUGACCCAAGAACAUCAUUUCUAAUCGGAGAAGGACUGCUGUUUACUUGGUGGAUGUGUGGUAUCUAUACUGGUAUUUUUCGGCAGUCACUACAGAAGAAAUAUCAUCUCAAGAACUCGCCAUGCGACCCCUGUAUGGUCCAUUGCUGCAUGCAUUGGUGUGCCAUCUGUCAAGAGCAUCGAGAAAUGAAAGGGCGCCUCUCUGAUAAUGUCAUUAUGCCGAUGACUGUUGUGAACCCACCUCCAGUGCAGGAAAUGAGCAUGAAUGAAAGUCGUGGUUCAGCUGCCCCUGAUACAGGUGCUCAACAGAACGAACAUGCCAAUUUGGAGAUGGAAGCUUUAUAGAUACUGUGUUUUAUGCUAAGGUUUGAGGAAUUUUUGAGGGAAGAAUACGUACUAGAAAAUCAGCUGUCCCCUUUCCCUUUUUUUUUUUCUUCUCUCUCGGAAAAAUACUUUUAUUAAGAGACUUUUCUAGGUGCCUAGGUAUGUCUAGAGAGCUUUUCUUCUGUUGGUUUGAUACAGAACUGAUGCAACUCUAGAAAGUACAAAAUAUGGAUAUUUGUUUGUCAUUUCAAGAUUAGUAUCUUAUCCUUGUUGGCUGAA